AUGGAAAUGAGGUCCCUGGCUUGGCUCACACCACGCUUUGCACCGUCCUCCAGUCCUUGCUCGCAGUCUCUCCGCCACCAUGCCAUGUUCAUCAGGAACACCAAUGUUCUCCACCCCUCCAAGCCAGAGGAGUUUCACUCUGAGCUCACCCAGCAGCUGGCACAGGGCACUGGCAAGCCGGCACGGUUCAUCGCAGUGCACGUGGUCCCAGACCAGCUCACGACUUUUAGCGACAUGAACGACCCCUGCACCCUCUGCAGCCUGCACAGCAUCAGUAAGAUUGGUGGCACCCAGAACCGCAACUACAGCAAACUGCUAUGCGGCCUGCUGUCAGAUCGCCUGCAUAUCAGUCUGGACCCAGUCUACAUCAACAUGAAUGCAGCCAACCUGGGCUGGAACAGUUCCACCCUCGCUUGA